AGAUCCGAGAUAUUGGUCAUGAAGUUUGCUGCUGCUGCAUUGCACGUUUUGCUUUUUAUUCCCGCUUUGGCAUUGCACGCCCGUGCAUCUCAAGAGGCCCAUCUCACAAAAUUCCUUUUAUCUAGAACAACGAGCAGCACCACCACUAGUGAUCCUAGUUUACAUGACAAGCCAUUUCUCGAAAUCAUCAGUGACCUCCGAACAGAUGAGUACCCGGUCUCCGACCCCGGCGCUCAAAAGGCGUCCGACAAGAUCACGGCGCUGCCGGGGCAGCCGGAGGGCGUCGACUUCGGACAAUACGGCGGGUACGUGACCGUCGACAGCCACAACGGCCGUGCUCUCUUCUACUACUUCGUGGAAUCGCCCGACGAUGCAAUGGCGAAGCCACUCCUCCUGUGGCUCAACGGAGGGCCUGGAUGCUCAUCGCUCGGCCACGGAGCGAUGCGAGAAUUGGGUCCGUUCCGUGCAAACAGGGAUGGAAAAACCCUCACGGUGAACAAGCAUGCCUGGAACAAGGUGGCCAAUGUCAUCUUCCUGGAAUCACCCGCCGGUGUGGGAUUCUCCUACUCCAACACCUCCUCCGAUUACGAUAGGAUGGGGGAUCCAAUGGCUGCCCAGGACGCCUACAUCUUCCUUCUCAACUGGCUCGACAGGUUCCCCGAGUACAAGGCGCGCCCCUUGUACAUCACCGGGGAGAGCUACGCCGGCCACUACAUCCCCCAACUCGCCGCCACCAUCUUAGCACACAACAACAACAACAAAAGCAACAACAACAACAACAACAACAACAACACCAUUAAUCUCAAGGGUAUCAUGGUCGGCAACCCUUACCUCGACAAGAUGAAGAACCUCAUAGGGCACUACGAGUACCUGUGGAGCCACGGUGCCAUCUCCGACGAGGUCUGGGCCGACAUCGCCAGCAGCUGCAGCAUCGAUCGCUCCUCGAUCAACGUGAGGUGCUACCAUGCCGUCAUCGAAUGCCAAGACGGCAUCCUGGAUCACGACAACAUAUACGGUCCCACCUGCAUCAUCGACGCCAACGGCUCCUACUAUUCCAGCACUUACUUGCCCGGGUAUGAUCCGUGCAGCUAUGUGCCUACCAAGGCCUACCUCAACAGCCCUCAAGUUCAGAAGGCUCUCCAUGCCAGAGAAACCAAAUGGCUCGAUUGCAGAUCCUUUGAGGAUUUCAAGGACUCACCGGACACCAUGGUGCCAACCUUGAAACGGCUAAUCAACCGCGGCCUGCCCAUAUGGCUCUUCAGUGGGGAUUUCGACUCCGUUUGCCCCUUCACCGGCACGAGGUACACGGUCCGCGACCUCAACCUCUCCGUCGUGGAGCCGUGGCGCCCGUGGACAGCCGGGCACGAGGUAGGGGGCUAUGUCCAGCAGUACGCCCGAGGGUUCACCUUCGCCACCUGCUCCAGUCCUUCCUCACAGGGAUCCUUCCUCCAUUCAACAGGGAAUACUAGCUAGUUACUUCCGUUUUUUGUUUUUGUUUUGUUUUUGUUUUGAGAGAAAGCACAAAUUGUUGCAGCAGUGACCUAUCAAUGCUUCAAAAUCCAGACCUCCAGACAUUUCUGCUUUGUUCCGGCUUCACCGUGUUUGU